AUGAAGUUUCUCGCUAUCGUCAUCGCCGCUCAGCUCGCUACCGCGCUGCCUCUAGCUAAGGAGGCCGCCUGCGAUGGCUCUGAUGUCCUUUGUCAACUCACCAAUCCUGUCCAAGAGCAGGUUGACAACGCUCCGGUUCGCAGCCCCAACAGGCGCGACGAGAUUGAGGACCUCCUUUCCGGCAUCGACAUGUCUGACAUGCCUGAGAAGGGAGAGCCCAUCCCUGCUCGCCCAAGCGAGCGUGACACCGUCACUCCUUCUGCUGACGACGUCUCCGAAGCCGGCCCAGAGGUGUAUCAGGAGACAUACAACAUGAAGCCCGAGGUGACAGAGGUGACCGAUGAGUCCUACGACGAUGUUCUCCCUGAACUGUCAGACAGUCUGAGCAAGAGGGGUCUUUUCGACGACCUAAGCCUUGACAAGACUCUCCCUGAGUUCGAGGACUCUUACGAGGAGACCGUGCCUGAGGUCACCAGCGCUGCCUAUGAGGGUGUGCCUGAGGUCACCAGCGCCGCUCACCAGGCCAAGCCUACACCUGCUGAGGCCGCCUAUGGUGCUCUUCCCACCCCCGCUGAUGUGUACGAGGCUGCUCCCACUCCCAGCGAGGUCUACAACGUUGCUCCCGUCAAGCCCAGCAACGUCUACGUUCCUACACCCACCAAGGAACCUACCUACGGCGCUCUUCCCACUCCUGUCAAGGACACCUACGAGGCUGCCCCCAUUGAGGACUCCUACGACUCCCUCGGCGACUCCCUCGACUUCGACCUGGGUUUCCGCAAGAACUAG